AAGUUGUGACCUGCCGGUUUCUUGGGCCUGGCUCGGAUGAUCUGUGCGGUAGACUGUGGUGAAAUAACUCGCAUUCUUUCCCCGUUUUCUGCAAUCUGAGGUAAAUAAAGCUUCAUCAACAAAUCCGGUCCCAGUGAAACACCAUGCCGAUUACCAAGAUUUACGCUCGUCAAAUCUUCGACAGCCGGGGCAACCCAACUGUGGAAGUUGAUCUGACAACGGAGAAGGGAGUUUUCCGGGCAGCUGUGCCAAGCGGGGCUUCUACUGGAAUCUACGAGGCCUUGGAGCUCCGAGAUAAAGACCCGAAGAAAUACCUGGGCAAGGGAGUGGAGAAAGCGAUUGCCAAUGUCAAUGAGAUCAUCGGGCCAGCUCUGAUCUCAAAGAAUCCGGAUGUCACCAAACAAGCCGAGGUUGAUAAGAUGAUGCUGGAUCUGGAUGGCACUGAAAACAAAUCCAAGCUUGGAGCUAAUGCCAUCCUGGGUGUAUCUCUCGCUGUCUGCAAGGCUGGGGCCGCACACUCUGGUGUGCCUCUCUAUCAGUGGAUCGCAAAACUGGCUGGCAAUGAUAAGGUCGUUCUCCCAGUUCCGGCUUUCAAUGUGAUUAACGGAGGCAGCCAUGCUGGCAAUAAACUGGCUAUGCAGGAGUUUAUGUUGCUCCCUACAGGUGCGAGUUCCUUCAAGGAUGCCAUGCGAAUCGGCGCAGAGAUCUAUCAGAACCUCAAGGCUGUCAUCAAGAAGAAAUACGGACAGGACGCAACCAAUGUCGGUGACGAAGGAGGGUUUGCUCCAAAUAUUCAGGACAACCGUGAAGGUCUUGAGCUGUUGAAGAUAGCUAUUGAGCAAGCAGGUUACACUGAUAAGGUCCAGAUCGGCAUGGACGUUGCUGCAUCGGAAUUCUACCGUGACGGGAAGUAUGACUUGGACUUUAAGAGCCCCAGCCCGGAUCCAAGCAAAUUGUUGACCGGUGCUAAGCUGUCGGAAAUGUACCGUGAUUUCAUUCAGAACUACCCAGUUGUAUCUAUUGAGGACUGUCAUGACCAGGAUGACUGGGAGUCUUGGUCAGCAUUUACCGGCUCCACAAACAUCCAGAUCGUCGGCGAUGACUUGACGGUCACCAACCCCAAGCGAAUCAAGGUAGCCAUCGAGAAGAAGGCCUGUAACUGCCUGCUGCUGAAAGUCAACCAGAUCGGAUCAGUGACCGAGUCCAUUGAAGCGUGUAAGUUGGCCCAGUCUAAUGGAUGGGGUGUGAUGGUCAGCCAUCGCAGCGGCGAGACUGAAGACACCUUUAUUGCUGAUCUUGUGGUGGGGCUGUGCACCGGCCAGAUAAAGACCGGUGCCCCAUGCCGCUCCGAACGCCUGGCCAAAUACAACCAGAUACUACGGAUUGAAGAGGAACUUGGAGCCAAUGCUGUGUACGCUGGUGUGAAAUUCAGGCACCCUCUGAAGUAGGAACCCCCCUCCUGGAGGAAUGGUUCGGUCCAGAAUGAACAGAGAUUGGCUAUAUUUACAUAGUAGUUGGGUCAAACCACUAAGGUGAGAUAGGGAGUAGAAAUUAUCAGAUCCCACCCUAAAGAUAUAUUAUGAAUGAAUUAUAAGGAAGUGUUUGUCUUCUUACUUGGACUUUUCACUUGGCAGCCAUUUUGUCUGGUUCCAUGAAUCUAGAUCACCUAAAGUUGGGUAGUUUCCCGGAACGGCACCAGAUCAUAUUUGAUCAUGGGUACCUAUCGGUAUUUGAGAAUCAUGGCAGGCAAAAAUGCAGCAAUGCGAAAUUCCAUGUGUUGUGAUGUGCAGUACCCAAUGGUGAUAUUGUUAGACUGUCACUGUACAAACUCUUGAGGGCGCCAGAUUGCGUUUGUGAAUUACAUGCACUCCUAUGGAAGCCGCUGGCUUAUGGCUGCAGCCACUUUCCAUAGACUCGUGUGUUAUUUCUAGCCGUAGCCAUGUGAUUUUAGAUACGGCCGAAGCCCCAUAAGUACUGGACUUCCUCCCUAUUGUGAGCCACGCAGUUAUUUCAGACAAAAUUUCCCAAAAUUUCCCCUGAAACUUACAGGAUAACUAGACGUCUACAAGUACGGAAUACAAUUGUUCCUGGUUAUUAACCAAGUAAUUAGUUUCCCGAGAAAAUGUGGGAGAAAAAAAGGUUUAGAUUUCAAAUUUGGCAGCACAACUUUUCAGGAAUUUUAGCAUGCAUCGCUUUGUGGCUUACAAUACUGAGGAAGACGCAUAUAUGGGUCCGAGCAGACAGUACUCCUUUCGGUAGUGAACGUUUUGUAGUCUUUCAGCUGUAUUUGCAUGGCAUAAAAUCAUACUUCUCACUUUAAUGGAUAUUCCAAAUUUGUUUGUGGUGUGUUUAGGCUUAGUCUGCCUCCUUUCCCAUUUCUAACUUUAAAAAGUGAGGUAGAUAGGUUGCUAGACUGAUAAAAAAUUAGUAAACGCCCUGCCACCUCAAGAAAAAUACAGUAAAGUUGUGAAUGCCAAAAGUUGGACAGUCAAGGAAUUUUACUUGAAAUGUCAAAAGAAAUGUUUGAAGGUUGAUUUUUUUUCAGCAACUUGGGAACCUGGCCAAAGCCACAAAACUCCCCAAGUGAAUGACUUUUGGUUACAUGAUGAAACUGUUAGAGAAUUUAUGUUUCUAUUGCGUGAAAAAAAAAUAAAUAUAUUUUAAGGAUGUUAAAAGUCUCUCCAAAUAUAUACAGUUGCAGUAUUUUCAAGUGAAAUACAAGUGCACAUCCAACUUGACGGUAAGUCAGUUGAUCAGAGGUGAAGUUUGGGUUAGUACAGUUUACUUUUGAAGUGACGUUUAGAACAGCUGCUAGAGUAUUAGUGGAAUUUUGAGUCGGGGUGAUGUAAAUCAAAUUAGGUUUUGCCCUUCACCGACGUACUAGAAAGCAGGAGGUCGUGGGUUCGAGUCCCACCGAGUGAUAUUUUCCAACUUUCACUCGGGAGGUAACACACUGAGUAUACAGUGUUUGUACGUCGGUGAAGGGCAAAACCUAAUUUGAAUAUUAGUGGAAUUGAACCUUUUUUCGCUGUCAGUCAAAAGGAAUACAAACAAAAAGACUUGAAGAUGGAAUGAAGUAGUUUUCAAAAAGUAAAAUAAAAUGGAAAAAAAAAAACAACUGCAAAAUGUGAGUAAACUGAACUAUUUUGCUUUAGUUAAUAGAAUUAAGGACUAGAACGGUUGGAGAAUGCCACAUAGAUCUUGUCAUAGUGAUUAGUCUGAGUUUAUUUUCUGAUGACUAGUUCUGCAAAAUUUCUCUGCAAUAUCUGCAUAUUUCAAGUUCCUAUUCUGCCGUGAUGUGGUGUAAGAUAUAAGCAUGCAUAAACUGUUUGUAGUAUUUUAUUAAAUUGUGAAUUGAACAAAAGAUAAUGAUUUGUUCUUUUUUAAAAACUUUCUAAUCAACUGCUCCUAUGCUUAGCAUAAAGGUUUUGGAUAGUUCAAUAAAAACAUCUCUAUAGUAUAUCA